AUGAAGACGUUGACAUCAGCCACAUCCGUGAUCCUCAGUCUACUAACCUUACAUCGUCUGGAGCACUGGUUUGCCGCUCAAAAGAACCUCGAUCUUCGCCGCUUCCUUGUUGGUGACGGUCGAUUCAUCUCAUCCGUAAUCGACUUCGCGGAAGACUCUUUUGAUGCAUUUUUGCAAGCAGUUAGUUUCUUACCACUGCAACCGCAAACGCGAGACGCCAUUGCGCAGAUCAUCAAUCAAUCUGUUGCUUCCAUUAGUGUUGUAUUCGGAUUGCUAUUGCAUAAGAACCAGCUAGUGACUUUGGUACGUAUGAAAGGACAGACUCUUCAUCCGAUGGAUGUGCACCUGAUAAUCAACCUGGUUCGCUGUUCACCGUCUUUGAAGUCGGCGCAAUCGCACUGGGUACCGGUUUGCCUGCCAAAAUUCGACGCCAACGGCUUCUUGUACGCAAAUAUUACAUUUUCGGAUGAUCUUACGUGCCUUGUUCUACUCACAGUGGACAGCACCCAAUUCUACUCCCUAGAUGCCGCGAAGGACGUUGUAUUUCAACGCUUGAUAUCUACGAAUGACGGCGAGCACCUAUCAGCAAUAUCAUCCUCUAGCCUCCCACUUUUGCGAGAUAUUAACGUACCACAAUUGCGGCAUUUGGUGUGUAAAUAUCUUCCUGCAUCUCAGUGUGCAGCUACCGAUUGGGCUACUUUUUAUACUGCUUGCGCGACACCCGGCACCUCCGAUAUAACUUCGCCGAACUCGCUCUUAUUGAAUCCAUUACAAAAGGAUAUCCUGUCUACCUAUAGACGACUGCAUUCACGUCUACACAAUCCGUCAUAUCCGGUUCGCAUGAUCUAUCAGUCCACUCCAUCGGAAGCAUUCUUCGCUUGGAAAAAUGAUACAUUUGAAGUGUUCUGCACGCUGGAUCCACUCACGACCAAACCGAAUGCUUCUGAGAUCCGUAAGACAAUCACCAAGUGGCUGAAUUCUAAAAAACACCAGAUAUUUUCCCUCUCUAACCCGACCUUCUGAUCUUACCAUUGUUAUAUCUGUCUCUGCAUUUCCACAACAGAGCCCCCAGUUUACCAUGCGAUUCUUCUGCUGCUUUGCUUUUUUGUUGUGCCAUUUCGGUUCUGUUACUCGAAUGUUACUUUUUGUGUCUGUGAUAUACUAGCUAUUUUUGAUAUCCGCUUGUAUUUUGAAAUGUUACCUCACUUCACUUCUCUUGACAGUUCAACCUAACGUGAUUAAACGUCCCUGCAAUGUGUCCACGGC